UAAAUAUACGAGACCGGCCACGUUUCCCAUCAUUCACAUUUUCUUUCUCUUUGCACAAACAUGGAUGCCGAAGACGGUAGAGAGAAUAAAAGAGUCAACCUUGCAGAUGAUCCUUCCAGCAGAGCGAUGGUUCAGAUAGAUCUUCAUCGUCUCCCACGGGAGAUUCUACUCGAUAUCCUAUCAAGACUACCGAUCACCUCUCUGAUCCACUUCAAGACCACUUCCCAUAUCGGCUAUGGUAUAAUUGACGAUCCAAGACUCCCUCCGAUGUUCCGCAACCGGGUAAGCGACUCAAACCCAUGUCUGAUUCUGUUCGAGAACAAUGUCCCCCAGCGACUCUGUUUUGUGGAUAGUGAGGAUUGUAGUCGAAGGGUUAGGAAAAUCGACCCACCACAGCAUUCAGAAGUUAAAAACCUGGUUCAAGGCUUUAAAGAUCAACCGUUCGCCGCAGCAGUUCCAAGCCUUUGUUUUCCAACCUACACUGUUCUCAGCAAAGGAGAGCAUUGAAUCGAAAUGAAGCUCUAACCUUCACUUCUCAUAUAUAAUUUCCUCUGUUUAAGUGAGGCUUCUGUUGGAUAUUAGUAUGACGGAUCAUGUUUUGAAGUUACUCGAAGAUGGAUUAGGGGCUGCAGGUAGGAAUGUAGUUGAAGUUGUCACUGUAGGCAAGCAGAAUGCUGGAUUAAUUUUUGGUUUUCCUCUACAAUUUUGUUCUUAUGCUAGAUGAAGUAAUUGUC